GCGAACGCGACGCGGUAGCUGGGCUGGCGCAUUGAAGCAUGCUGGGGGAUAUCGAGGGCCGAAGUCGCAAAAGUCCAAGCAUCGGAGUGAUAAUUGUGUAGUGCCUUAUUGUUCCCUUCUGCCCUGCUGCCCUGCUGCAGCUCUCUGUCUGCUCUACCUUGGGAAUGUUUGCAUUUCACCCCGAGAACUGCAAACCCUCGCACGGCGAGACAACAGGAGACUGAGGCUAGCGUCUGCGCACUCCCGGUCCGUCGACGCGACAGCUUGGGAGAGCCGCAAAGAUGGGUCUGCGAAUUACUACUUGGAACGUGAACGGCAUCAGGUAUGCCAGGGCUGAGUUGGGCUACAGGACGCCCACCAGCUGUCUGCCUAGGACAUCCCGAGAGUCAUGCAGAAUCGUCGGUCAUGUGCUUAUACUCGUUCUUUCAGGAACCCGUUCGGGUAUGCGCCGUGGAAUCAAAAGCGGUCUUUCCAGGCCAUGUUCGACAUCCUGGAGGCGGACAUCGUCAUCAUGCAAGAGGCCAAGAUCCAGCGGAAGGAUUUGACGGAUGACAUGGUACUGGUGUCCGGCUGGGACGUCUUCUUCAGCUUGCCAAAGGACAAGAAAGGCUACUCGGGAGUUGCAAUAUACACGAGGAACUCAAAGUGUUGUCCCAUCCGAGCCGAGGAGGGUCUGACCGGAGUGCUCUGCCCCCCAAAGUCAACAACCAUGUUUCGAGACCUUCCAACUGAGCAGCAGAUCGGCGGCUACCCUCGCGAGGACCAACUAAUUGGGCCGGUCGAUGAGGUGAUGCUCGACUCCGAGGGGCGAUGCGUGCUCCUCGAGUUCCCGGCCUUUGUACUCAUCGGUGUCUACGUGCCUGCGACCAGGGACGACACCAGAACUGAUUUUCGUAUGGGCUUCAUGAGUGCCCUCGACGCGAGGAUACGCAACCUUGUUGCGAUGGGCAAGCGGGUCGUCCUCGCGGGUGAUCUCAAUAUCAUACGUACAGACAUCGACACCGCUGGUUGCGCAGAGCACCUGCGGAAGGAAGGCAUGACGUUCGAGGAUUUUCUCUCAUCGCCGUCACGGCGCUUUUUCAACCAGCUCAUCUUUGAGGGUCAAGUCAUCGGAGACAGGGACGAGGGACGAGAGAAUCCCGUAAUGUGGGAUACCACACGCUGCUUCCACCCAAGCCGACAAGGAAUGUUCACCUGCUGGGAGACCAAGAAGAAUGCACGACCUGGCAACUUUGGCAGCCGAAUCGACUACAUUCUAUGUACAGCUGGCAUGAAGGAUUGGUUCGAGGACGCCAACAUUCAAGAAGGUCUCCUGGGAUCCGACCACUGUCCUGUCUACGCGACCAUGGCCGACUGCGUCAGGAUGGGAGGCGAGGAUGUCCACAUCCUGGACAUCAUGAACCCCAAAGGCAUGUACAAAGAUGGCGAACGACUCAGGGACUGGGACGCCAAGGACCUGCUACCACAAUCUGCCAAGCUCCUAAAUGAGUUCGACCGCCGCCGAAGCAUCAAGGAUAUGUUCACCAAGAAGCUCUCUCUACCCACCGUGAAACAAAGCUCGACGAUUCCUACUAGCACAGAGUCCGCAGACGUCUGCGAUGAGCUACCCAGUACGCAGACCUCCAACGUUCCACCCUCGCCGUCCCCUGCCGCCACGCCCAACCGGCCUGCAGCCUCGUCGACGGCGGAAUCGAAGUCCCCAAGCAAGAUCACAUCCCACGCGACUCUCCCCAAGCGUAGCUCAUCGGGAACAUCAAGUCGGCCCCAGAAGAAAGCGAGGCCGGGGCCGGGAAAAGACACAGGCAAACCCGGUCCGGCGCAAAGCAGCCUGAUGGGCUUCUUCAAACCCAAGACCCCUGUGCCGAAGGCCACUGCUGAGGAGCCGACUGAGCAAGAGAAUGCAUCGUGUGCUUCGAGUACUAAGCCACAGACGGAUGGUGCUGUCGCCCUCGACGAGGAGGCAGAGGGGCUUGCGAACGAGGCAGAGGCAGACAGCAAGAGGGUGUUUGACCCUGUAGAGUCUAAAGAGUCGUGGUCAAAGCUACUGGGGAAGAAGAAGGUCGCGCCGCUAUGCGAGCACGGCGAGCCUUGCAUCAGCUAUGUCGUGAAGAAGGCUGGGAUCAAUUGUGGCCGCACGUUCUACAUGUGCUCACGGCCGCUGGGCCCGUCCGGGCAGAAGGAGAAGAAUAGCCAGUGGCGAUGUGCCACGUUCAUCUGGGCACGCAGCUCAGAUUCAAAGGAGGGAGCCGCAUCGCAGUACAGCAGCAGCAGCAGCAGUGGCGGUCACAGUGGCGUAGCUUAGGGCACACACAAUCAGCCGCACGCGACUCACAAUUGCACACACAAAAUUACUUUGGUGGUCUAAACCCCCCCUUUUUGGUGAUUUGGUACAGUGCUAUCUGGAUCAUGACGACUAGGUAGCCGAGCUGGUGGAAACCCAAGCUUGAAUCCGUGUCAAAGGACGCCCAAUUGAAGAGGCGUACUGAACUAUUUGCUGGUAAUUAAGGGGGUAUGUCGUCCUUUUCCAUGGUGACCUCCUUUCCGACGCCCUCACCAACGCCGUACUCAAAUCCAUGCAUUAGUG